GUAAAUACAUUCCCAGCGACUGCUGUGGGAGGAGAAUUAAUGAACCAUUAUCUUUUUUUUUUUUCUCCUGAGCUGCAAGUUGUCCCUACCUCCCAUUCCUCUCCUCUAAAAUCAAGCUUCUGGGUAGAGAUGCUAGACAUACACGAGCCACCAGUGUACCAGAUGCUUAGCCCCACAUAAAUGUGGGCCUUGCUGAGCCUCGCAGGGCUCAUCACAGCAUCCCUCCCCACCGAUCCAUGCACUGCCUGGUGAAGGAAUGGCAUGGUGCCACCUCCAACUUGUUCCUGCAGGAACAGGAGGAGGUGAUACCUCCAGUAGAUUGGUGACUCCACUCUGAGAGCUGCUGACAGCACUGUGAUGACAGGACAUAGGGCGACACUGGGGAAUUGAUGCGGCUCCUGCCCACCUCAGCUGCAUUCAUUUGGAUGCUCGCAUGCUUUAUAUUUGGGCUCCUUGCUUUCCUUGCCUUACCAUUGUCCAUGACUUUUACAGGAAUGAAGUUUUUGGAAGAUUGCCCAGUUCAGCCACUAAUUCCAUUAUAUCUGUUGGUGGGUGGCGUGAUUGGCAGCUUAAAGGUGACUCUGCUGCUGUACGACUCAACCAGGAUGAGGCAACUGCUUUCCAAGUCUGUUGUAAUUGAUGAUGAUGAUGAUGACGAAUACCCCUGGAGGCAGAACGCUCACAAGUACUACAUCCAUCUAACCCUCAGCCUCUUCCUCUUCCUCUGGUUCAUUCUUGGGAACUACUGGGUGUUUUCAGUGUACCUGCCAAAUUUCAUCCCACCUUUCCACCAGCCACAGGAUUACUGCGACAAAACCCUGUACAUUUUUGCUGUUGGUGUUCUCAUUAUUAGCCAUACUGUUCUCUUCCUCCUCAUCUUUUGUAGCUGUUGCAUAUAUUUUUUUUCCAGGCAAAGAUACUCUUCAGAGGAAGACUAAAUGCCACAUAAAUAAAGCUCCAGAUGUUUAGGAAAGGGUGUGCAAUGAAAAGGCAAUAACUCACCCUAAUGUGUAUCUUUGUCGUACUGUACAUACGUAUGUUAGCAGUCAACUGCAAGAGGAAAUUGCAAAUCACAUUCCAGUGCCAUUUGGAAAUAGCUAAACUAGAAUACAGCUUACUCAAUGUGAAAUUGCUGCUACAGAUGCCAGGGUGCAGUCUUGCUAACUUCUGUAACCCUUUUUUAACUCUUGGAUUUUCUAUUUGGAGUGUCAAAUUCUUUAGUAAGCUCUUGCAUAUGACAAACUCCUCUAAAACCAGGCUCCUUUUGUUAUUUCAGCUUAGUACAUAUUUGCCUGUAAAAGUAGCCAUGUUAUACCCUUUACUGGGACCUGAACACCUCUGUAGCCUUGCUGAGGUAUGCUACUGUCCCUGCAUUAAAGACGCAGGAGCCGAGGCAACAAAAGAUACAGGGCUGCAUUCAGACUGCUUUGACUUUGGACUUUGACAGUGACUUAGAUGCUCAUCAGAAAGCUACCCAGGGCACUGUUAGACCAGCCAGUUAAGUAUCUGGGAUAGCAGUCUGAGCAUGUAUAAAAGGCAGCUUGAGUAUGGCCCCAAGAUCUCUCCUGAACUUGGACUAGAAAGCAUCUGUAUCUAUCUUUGGUGCUAAAACAGUCUCCAUAUAUACAUGUAUAUCCAUGCAUCUAAACUAAGCCAAGGCCACGAGGAGAUGAGCUAGCUACUGAGCGACAGAUUCAGCGCUUUAACCAGGACACAGCAGUUCCCAGCCUGGGGAGACUCAUUUCUUCACUUUUUGUUUAACAUUAAUUUGUCAGUACCACACCAAGAUGCUUGUCAAACCACGGUCAUUAAGUUCACAUCGAAAUUGAUGAGGCUAUGUUGGUAUUUUAAAUAUAGAACAUGGUAAUAAGACAUGAGCAGGAAUGUGAGAAUUUCAGGUGGCUGUGCUUACUACAGCAGUUCUCUGGUUGUGGUGUGAGUGUACACCUGAUUUGUUCACCGCGGUGCUGUGCUUAUGGAAAUCCGUACUUAAUGGAUAGAUGUAAUGAAUACAGCUUUUAAGCCAACAGCAGUGUCAGCUUUAAAAGCACCAGCAUGCACAGAGACAAUUGUUUUGUGACAUGUAAUGGAACGAGCCCCUACCUGGUCCUGGGAGAUUGUUUUUUAUGUGCUGAUGAAUGCAGUAUAAAAGUGCUUUUUCUGCUUUUUCUUUUAUGUAGAUCUGUUAAUACAGUCAAAAUGGGAGGGCUCUCCUCUACACAAGCAUGAGGAUGGCCCCAGGCACAGGAAGCAGAUGCGGGCUUGGGGUAUCUUUUCUGCGAAAAACCAGUGUUUUUAGAAGCCUGAGUUUUAGAGAAACCUAGCAGAGUCAUAAGGCACCUGUGGAAGGGGAAGAUCUGUUUAACAACAAUAAUCACAGCUGAACAGGCUUUGUUCAACCAUUCAUCCUGGCUCUGAGGCUGAAUAAUAGACUAUUUGUGGGAAUCACCCGUGAACAUUUAUCUCAAAGCCACUGCAUAGACUAAGGGUGCAUUUAGUCCAGAUAGAUUUUAAUUCAGGCCCC